CACUGUCAUCAGGCUGGCCGCUGUCAGUGGCAGUGUGCGCGUUUGAGAAAGUUUCCUGGCGGUGCUGCGUGCAUCCUGCCAGUGCUUACUCCUGAGCUGCAUGCAUGUGGAAGGUAGGGUGUAGGACUCAGGAGACGGAGCUAUCAAUCGGUGCUGCAUCCCCCCUGUUGCUACAGGGAUGAAAGGUCAUUUCUAGGAACCACCCCGGAACCACCCUGCUGCGGCGCCCCUUCAUUUGUCUCCUUGAAGCAAGCAGCGAUCUCUGCGACGAACAAGCACUAGGUAUCCCCUUUCUUGCCAGGCGCGUGGCGGUGGGGCGAUGCAUAUUGUGUCGUGGAAUGUGAACGGGCUGCCCACCACGCUAAAGGAGGCAAGCUACCACCACGGCUCUGUUGAAAACUAUUUUGCGCAAGUCCUCAAGGCGGAUAUCGUGUGUUUCCAGGAAGCCAAGGUGCGUGAAGACAGGCUGGAAAAGUGGCUGGCGUGCGUACCAGGGUACGAGUCCUUCUGGGCGUUUAGCCAGAACAAAAAGGGCUACAGCGGUGUCGUGACCUAUGUAAAAGAGGGCUUCUCGCCAUUAGACGCCGCCGCAGACUGCCUGCCCGGGGGAGGGGGCGGAGGCGAGGAUGACAUCACCCAGGAGGGGCGGGUGAUGAUGACAGACCAUGGGGCGUUCGUGCUCUUCAAUAUCUACGUUCCCAACGCGGGAGAGAAGCCCCUGAGGCCACGACUGGACUUUAAGAUGAAGUUCCUGAAUGCGCUGCGGGCCAAGUGCGACGAGCUUGUGGCCAGCGGGCGCCACGUCAUCGUGGUGGGCGAUCUGAACGUCUCCCACACGACGGCCGACAUCCACUCCUGCUUCGGCUUGCACAAGGUGUACGCCCCAGAGGAGCUGGCCUGGACCGACUCGUUCCUGUCCGAAUAUGUGGACGCCUGGCGGCACCUCCACCCGGACGUUUCGGACGGCUUCACGUGCUGGAACCAGAAGAAGUCGGCGCGGCUCUUCAACGAGGGCGCCAGGAUCGACUUCACAGUCUGUGACAAGGGCUUUAAAGGGCAGCUGGUGGGCGCCGAGAUCCUGGACACUCCCGACAAGUGGAGCGACCACACCGCGGUUAGUUUGACGCUCAAAGACCAGCCGCCCCCGCCUCCGCACCCCCCUGUUGCUUUGUCGUCGAAAAGGAUCAGGCAGUUCCAAGAAGACCGGGGGCAAAGCAAACUGACGGCGCUCUUUUCGAAACGGAAAGUGGGGGUCCGGGGGGGAGAGAAGUACUCGCGUACAGAGGAGGCGGAGCCGCCGUCGAAGAAGGGGCGGGGAUCGCCGUUGAAAAAAGAUGACGGAGAAGAGUUGGAACAUCUGAAGAGUGGGCGCGCAAAAGCUUUAGAGAAGACGGUGGGGGAGGGGGGCCCGGUUGAGGAAAUUGAAGCAAGCGGAAAAGAGAUUCCCGAAAGUGGGGUCGAGCCUGAGCACGCGGUUGGACUUCGAGAAGAAGAAGGAACCUGUGCAAUGCCGUCAGGUGCUCCGCUACAGGAGACGCCUGCCGGAAACGUGAAUGGGGGCAUGCAUAGAGAAAGCUCACAAUUGGCUACCGGCGACGGCGAUGUUGUCCAUGUUUUCGAGCGGACAGGCGGGUUAGGGACUGUAGAUUCAGAAUCCGCUGGAACUUUGAAUGGAGGAGGGGUAGACCCAGUUAGCGCUCAAGACGGAAAGGGACUGCCGGCGCGGAGUAGACGUCGAGCGUCUGAGACUGAAAGUCCUGGUGGUUCAAAAGCUCUUUCGGGGUUUCCGAGUAAGACCUUGGUAGGAAAAAAGCGCGGUCGGAACAGAACUGGAAAGCCUCAAAAACCCGACACAAGGACGCAGCUGAAAUUGAGCAACUUUUUUGCAAAAAAGGAAAGGUAACGAUUAAGCGUGGGUGC